CCAAGAGCUUCCGUGUGUGUGGUUCCAGGGACCGAGCUUAGGUGUGAUGACGAGCGCCUUUAAUCCACUGAGUCAUCUUGCAGCCCAAACUAUAUUUUUUAGUUUCCCCUUUUAAAAAGGAAGUCACCUUUGUGUGACUGUAUGGCCUCGCUGGUAGCAUAUGAUGAUUCUGACUCUGAGACCGAGGCUGACCCUGCCAGAAGUGGGGACGCUGCAGGUCAGAUAAGUGACGCCUCUAGUAUGAGCAGGCCUUCUGGGAUGGGGUUUGCAUCUAGCACAGUGGGCGUGACCAAAGAGGGGGCACAGCACACAGGGAACUCUCCUAAUGAAGACCCAGGGAUGCAACGUCUGCCGCUGGCUCGGCUCUGGAGAAGUGACCCUGGGUCUUGUCCCAGCCAGAGGCUACAGUGGCCCUCAAAGGAACCUGAUACCACUUUCCCUCCCAGUGAGCCUCCUCGUCCUUCUCUGUGGAUGAGCCGGGCUCCAGUCGGCCACGUGCCCCUAGCAGCUGCCUGCCUUAAGCCACUAAAACCUGCCUGGGACGUCCUCAGACCUUCUUCUCACGAUCAAAGCACAUUUGAAAGCACAGCUGGAAAUGCCAACUCUUCUCAGAGGAAAAGGGGUGAGGACUGUGUGCUUCCCUAUAUCCCCAAGAGGCUGAGGCAGCUGCAAGCGCUGAAUCCAGAAACAGGCGGGGGCAAAGAUGGAGAGCCCCCGGGACCUCCUGCGGGGUGUGCCCCGGCCCCACUCUGCGUGGCUCCCACAGUGUCUGAGUUCAUCCAGCCAUAUUUGAACAGUCAGUACAGAGAGACUACGGUCCCCAAGAAAGUGCUUUUCCACCUGCGAGGCCACAGGGGCCCGGUCAACAGCAUUCAGUGGUGUCCAGUCUUUUGCAAGAGCCACAUGCUUCUCUCUGCUUCCAUGGACAAAACCUUCAAGGUGUGGAAUGCUGUGGACUCGGGACACUGCCUGCAGACCUACUCUGUGCACAGUGAGGCAGUAAGGGCUGCACGGUGGUCUCCCUGUGGCCGGCGCAUCCUCAGUGGUGGCUUCGACUUUGCCCUGCACCUAACAGACCUUGAAACAGGAACCCAAGUGUUUAGUGGUCGGAGUGACUUCAGAGUCACCACCUUGAAAUUUCAUCCCAAAGACCACAACGUCUUUUUAUGCGGCGGCUUCAGUUCUGAAAUCAAAGCCUGGGACAUGAGGACUGGCAAGGUGGUGAAAGGCUACAAGGCCACCAUCCAGCAGACCCUGGACAUUCUCUUCCUCCAGGAGGGCUCUGAGUUUCUUAGCAGUACGGACGCAUCCACCCGGGACUCUGCUGACCGAACCAUUAUCGCCUGGGAUUUCCGGACUGCUGCCAAGAUCUCCAACCAGAUCUUCCAUGAGAGGUACACCUGUCCUAGCCUCGCCUUGCAUCCAAGGGAGCCUGUGUUCCUUGCGCAAACCAAUGGCAACUACCUGGCUCUCUUUUCCUCUGUGUGGCCCUAUCGGAUGAGCAGACGGAGACGCUACGAAGGUCACAAGGUGGAAGGCUAUGCGGUGGGCUGUGAGUGUUCCCCAUGUGGUGACCUGCUGGUGACAGGCAGCGCUGAUGGCCGGGUUUUGAUGUUCAGUUUCCGCACGGCCAGCCGGGCGUGCACACUACAAGGGCACACGCAGGCCUGCCUUGGCACCACCUACCAUCCUGUGCUGCCUUCUGUCCUUGGGACCUGCUCCUGGGGAGGAGACAUCAAGAUCUGGCACUAACUGGCAACUGAGACCCCGCCCCUGGGUAGGCGGCCGGAGGUUAGGCUGCUCCCGAGAGCUGCUGAGCUUCAGUGACUCGGCUAUAGAAUGGGGGUGAGAAGCCGUCUCAGCGCAAGCGUGUGUUAGUAAAGGCGUUUGUCAGUGACUGGUGGGUGACACUCAAUCAGUAAGUGUGUGCUCUGUAUGGUUUGGUUGGUUGAUUGGUUUUUUAUUUGUUUGUUUUGUUUCUGGUUUUUCAAGACAGGGUUUCUCUGUGUAGCCCUGGUGGUCCUGGAACUCAGGCUGGCCUUGAACUCAGGGACCCACCUGCCUCUGCCUCCUGAGUGCUGAGAUGAAAGGUGUGUGCCACCACGCCUGGUGUGGUUUUUCUUAAUGUGAUUUUGGCAAUGAACACAUAUUAGCAGUGUCUUCCUGCCUUCUUACUGCAGAUAGGGGAGCUUGAGGAGCGACUGUCACCUGCUGGUCCUUCGGACAGUGAGGCUCUGGGGCUUGUGACUGCCCAGGAGCUCAGUGCACUACAGCGCCCCCCACCACCACUCCACUAUAAGACACUAACAACUGUGUUUCUUCCUACCCACCUCUGGUCCUCUAACCUGCUGCCUGCCCACUGCCAGGUGGGUGGUCUGUGAUGGGCAAAGCUAUGCAUCUGUCCUGAAGGAGUGCGAGGAGAGGCAGGGACUCAGAAGCACAUAGAAGGAAGUGUGGCACGAAGGGAGUGGAACUGUUGGAAAGGAUGCCGAGGAUGAGGAGGCGUGGCCUUGUGGGAGGAAGUGUGUCACUGGGGGUGGGCUUUGAGGUUUCAGAAGCUCACACCAGGUCCAGUGGAUCUCUCUCCACCUUCAGAUGGGGGUGUAGAACGCCUGCACUCUGCCAUGCUUCCCGUCAUGAUGAUAAUCUGAAUGAUGGCCCUCUGAAUCUGUAAACCCGCCCCAAUUAAAUGCUUUUUAAACUAA